ACUGACUCUCAGACUCCGCAUGUCUGUCCGUGCACACUCGCGUUGACAAUGAGCGAGUACCUAGUAGGUCUCCGACUACUCCAUUUACUUAUGCAUCACUGCAAAAGUUUUCACUUUUUUUUACUCCCGGAGCCAAUACUAUAUACUGUUCAGAUCCAGCUACAUAGCGAAAGUUUGGCGAAAGUGGUGCCACCCUCGUUGCUUUUCACCAAUAUACCUACAAGUUUGGUCAUUGGGGGGCUAUACUUACAUAUGUCGUUACAUAUAGGGAUCGGCCCGGGUCCUGUCCUCCUGACCUUGACGGAGACUCGCCAAGAUAAAUCAAGUAACAGUGAGCACACUUUGGGCCAAUUUUUCCCUCUCUUUCCAUCUGACUGCAUUGGCGAUGAAGAUUGCUAUCACCGGAUGCAAUGGGGGCGUAGGGAGACGCGUUGUGCUUUGGGUGCUGAAGGAAGGACACACUGUAAUCGGCGUAGACUGUGUUAUUGCACAAGAUACCGACUUCUUCGACAAUCCUGCCUUCUCUUUCCAUUCAGUGAACCUGAAGGACUUUGAUACAACUUUGAAGGUUUUCGAGGGUUGUGAUGCAAUCAUCCAGUUGGCAGCUUUUGCACAACCAAUGGACUACAAGACCAAGGUGCAUAACGACAAUGUCGUGAUCACCUGGAAUGUCCUGCGUGCAGCGGCUGAGUUAGGAAUAGAUCGUGUCGCACUAGCAUCCUCAGUCAAUGUCUUGCGUGGGGUGUACAGCACAGAGCCUAUCUUCCACUACUUUCCAAUCGAUGAGAAUCACCCAUGCGAGCCUGACGAACCUUAUGGGCUUUCCAAAUUAAUUGCUGAGAUGCAAGCAAAUACUAUCGUCCGAAGAUACCCAUCCAUGCGAGUUGCAAGCAUUCGCAUCCACUGGUUUGUCCCUACGCGCGCACGAGCCUAUAGACAAGAUUACUUCCGCGCCAGAGGCGACCUCUGGAGCUACGUCCAAAUGGAUUCAGCAGCGGACGCCUUCUUGCGUGCAGUGACCGUGCACAUGGGCCAUUGGACAGGGCACGAGACAUUUUUUAUUGCUGCGCCUCAGCUGGCCGCCGAUGAGGACUGGCUGGAACUAAAGGAGAAGUACUUCCCAGAUGUGCCAGUAAAACCUGGCUGGGUCGAGAGUGGCACGAAAGGAUUCUUCGACUGUAGUAAAGCUGAGCGCUUGCUUGGUUGGGUUCACACGGACUAUGCAUAAACACGAACUUUAAUGAAUGGAUACAGCGGAACUGUGUCAUGGGCACUGAAGUACUGAUAGCGUGCGGGUCUCGCACAUUCCACUUCAAUCGAAUGACAUAGGAUGAGUACCUGGACUCUUCAUCCCCUUCUCAACUCUGUCUUUUGGGCUGCCGCAAUGCACUGGGUACGGGCCGCCGCUUUGUACUUUCUCAUAGGGUUGUUAAAUCUCGAUGCCCUGUUCUCAACUGGGGGCCCGAGUCUCACGAUCAGCUACUUGUUCUAUUCGAUCGAACAGGUGGCUGGCGACCUUGAUCCCCCGAACUUGCACAAGAAUAGAUCAGACAUGGGCGAAUUUCGGGGAGUGGACACACUAGAGAUUCCGGCAAGGAUCAGAAGUAAGCUUCACAUCCACUACAGAAAUAUUCAGAGUCUCGAUGUACGACACAAGGG